AGCAAGUUUACUGUUUCAUGUUGCAUUGUCGGAAACGAGAGGGCGUGACCGUAUAGGUUUUGAGUGGUAUAUAAAGAUAAACAGCUAAUGAACAAAAUCAAACAUACACCAUAUAUCAAUCAGGAAUGUUUAGACAACUGGUCAUCAUCUAUUUUGCCGUUAUUUCUGAAAUUCCGUUAAACGGACGAAGUAUUGAUGGAAAUGACGACUUUGUUGAAGAGUUACAUACUAGACAUAAACGAUCUGCAAGCUGCAAUACCACGCCAUCUCUGAAAAAAUAUAAAAUAUAUGUUGAACACACUGCAUGUAUAGCUCCAUCAUCUGAAGCCAACUUGACAACUGCAGGAGUAUCAGAUGCUGAAAUAAUAGAGAUAGUCAAUUCACACAAUACAUACAGAUCUGGUACACAGGCUACCGACAUGAUGAAAAUGAGUUGGGAUGCCGAAAUUGCAUACAUAGCUCAGAAAUGGGCAGAAAAUUGCGAAACUGUUCACGAUGGAGGUAUGAAGAGAAGAAUCCCAGGAAGAUUCAGAAUGGGUCAAAAUCUAUUCUGGGGAUCACAUGGUACAUGGAGUGAAGCUGUGAAGUAUUGGUACGAUGAGGUUCAGGAUUUCACAUACGAUGGUGGUGAUGCAAACGAUUUCCUUAAAGUUGGUCAUUACACGCAGGUUGUUUGGGCAAAAUCAAUCAAAAUAGGCUGUGGAUAUGCCUAUUGCAAGAGUAACAAACGACAUUUAUUUGUGUGUAAUUAUGGUCCACCCGGCAAUGGAAAUGAAAGGUACAAACCAUACAAACAAGGAACAUCGUGUCAAGAUUGCCAACAAGGACGUUGUGUUAACAAUUUAUGUGAUUGCGAUAAGAUUUGUUUGAAUGGUGGAACGCUUGAUAUAUCAACUUGUACAUGCAAUUGUAAAAAAGGUUAUACUGCUCCUGAUUGUUCAUUAAACUGUACACAGAAAGCCGACUCAAGUGGUUGUAUUUCCUGGGGCGCCAGUAAAUGUAACACGCACGGAAAUGUUCCCAUGGACUGUCCACACAUGUGCAAUAUCUGUCCAAGUAGUGGUGUUGAUGUUGUUGGAGUAUCGGAUGGGAAAGGAGUGUUCAAUUUCGAUGUUUUAACAACUGACGGAGGCGGAUCAGGAGGAGUCAGUCGAGUCGUAAACCAAACAAACAUCAUACGUCUUAUAAUUACACUUUCAUCAAUAAUGUUUCUCAUAUUAUGAUUUUUGCCUUUCUGUAAGCUCAUACUUUAAAUGUAUGCCUCUGUAGUAUAUUUGGCUUUUUUUACAUGUCGUCGCCUUUAUCAUCAUGCGUUUCCAACCUCUAAAUGAAGCUAUUUUAGAGCAUCUAAUAUAUAUCGACCUUAUCCUCAGUCGACAGCUUAUUUGAUCCAGAGGUCCAGCUAAAGUGACUACCCGUUGCAAAAAGAAAAUUUUUGGUUACCUCACAAUUUUUUUGGGAAUUCUAUUAACUGUGACGCCUAAGAAAUAUAAAAAAUUGCACAAGUUAUGAAAUGACACACUUAUAGACAUGUUUGGAAUAAUAAAAAAAAUAAAGAUUCGGAGUAUUGAAUCCAACUAGCGAACUCGUAGUAUAGUAUUAUUAUUGUACUGUAAAUUAUUGUGAUAUAGUAACAAAGGAGUAGGGGCAUUUAGGCCCGGUUUUGGCCCAAGAAAAACAAAUGUUUGACAACUAUUUCAAAUUGGCACAUAAGGUUUGGAAAUGCAUAGAGUGAAGAAAUAUAAAUGAAAAACAUAAGAUUGUUUAUAUGAUUACGUCACAGUUACGUCAUAAUAUGUACCGUUUUCAUGAAAAAGAUGAAAAAUGCAGAAUUUGUGCAAUUUCCCAUCGUUAUUUCCAUUACGGAAACAUCGUGCGCAGCCAAGAAACAAUAAAAUAAUUUAAGAGAAGCUUUAUUAUAACUAUUGAAAUGAUCUCACCAAAUAUAAAGUUGUUUCUUGGGUGCGCACAUACUUUGCCAAUCUUAAAUAUACUUAGAAUUUGAUGAAAAACAAGGAAAUUCAAGAAAUUUUAUAAAAUAUACAAAUUUCGUCAUGGUUUGUUGCCAUGGUAGCUCGUUUAAUGUGAAAUUUGUUUUUAUUUUCUGAAAACCUUGUACCUUAGUCUAGUUAGGACAAAUUUAAGGAUAUGUAUGAUAACUUUUAAAUUUGCAGUAAUAUUUGGGCCAAAUAAGGGGCUUAUUGCCCCUGCUCCUUUGUUUUAUAGACCAAUCUCGAGUUACACCGAUUGACCCGAUGUCAAUUGGCGCGAAUGAAGUCAUUGAAAAUCUGUUCUAACUGUGAUGUAAUAACAAUAGCAUUUUGACAUAGGAAAUGUACGGGAAAGUGCACGAAUUUGAAUGUUGUCUAUUAUAACUUGUUAAAAAAAAUCUUUCUUUAUUUACGUGAAUGCGUCUCUGAUCACCUUUUUGUCAUAUAUUUCCCCCUCUUUCUCGCCCUGCUUUUAAGUAAUAACUGUUGUUAAUUAUUGUUUUGUUAUUAUAUAUCUUUCUUAUACUUAUUAAAUUAUUUUUAUACUAUA